AUGGAGCCCAGGAGGCCGCUACAAGCAAGUCUGGCUUUGUUGAUCCUUGUAACUAACAGCUAUGGAGGACACUUAAAAUCAGGUCCUACGCUGAAAAUGGACCAGGCUGUGUUAACAUUUCAUAAUCAGCUGACAGAAGAAGUGCAGGUCAACUACACGUCAGAUUACUGCUACAAGUGUGUGUACCAGCAUUUGGUCACGGUGAAGCCCAACAACAACAAUGCAUCUGCAGUGAUCAGCACUAAAUUCACUCUGACUCUGCAAGUGGAGUCACAGAUCAGGAAUGCAACUCUUUGCAGGUGGAGUCAAACAUAUGGAGAAGGUGGUCAUUACUCUGUUUGGAUCCAGAUGUCCGAGGCAGCCAUCUGCACUUACGCUGUGGAUAAAAGACCAAACAAUGCAUACCUGCCCAUUCUGGUGGCAGCUCUCUUACUGGCUCUAAUCACUCUCUUAUUCAUUGUGGCACCCUACAUCUACAGGAGGCGUUGUACAUCAAAAUUUAUGAAGACCAUUUGCUGCCAAAGCCGGCAGUACUCAUUGGAUAAUGCCGAAGCACAGGCUUGUGAGGCUGAACAAAACACCACUAAAGCUAAACCAAUACGUCUGCGCUCACUGGACACUUUCCGAGGGUUUGCCCUGACAGUGAUGGUGUUUGUCAACUAUGGAGGAGGAGGAUACUGGUUCUUUCAGCACGCACCAUGGAAUGGUCUAACUGUGGCAGAUCUCGUCAUGCCAUGGUUUGUGUUUAUUAUUGGGACUUCAGUGGUGCUGGCUUUGAGAUCCAUGCAGAGGAGAGGAGUUAGCUGCCCGCAGCUGCUGCGCAAAAUCACCUGGAGGACAGUUGUUCUCCUGAUGCUUGGCUUCUGUUUCCUCAACUACUCUCCAAGAGACGGACCAUUGUCCUGGUCCUGGCUGAGGAUCCCUGGAGUGCUGCAGCGUCUGGGCUUCACCUACUUUGUCCUUUCUCUUCUGCAGACUUUCUGGGGCCAGAAAGAAAUCCCUCUGAGAGCGAAUCACUGGUGGAACUGCGUUCAGGAUCUGGUCCUUUAUUGGCCUCAGUGGCUGAUUAUCAUCCUGCUGGAGACUCUGUGGCUCUGCAUCACUCUGCUCAUGCCUGUGCCCAACUGCCCCACUGGAUACUUGGGAGCUGGUGGAAUUGGUGAUGAUGGUCUUUACCCAAACUGCACUGGAGGCGCAGCAGGAUACAUUGAUAGAUGGAUGUUUGGUGAUAACAUGUACAGAUACCCCACAUGCAGAGAAAUGUAUCACACCACGCAGCCCUUUGACCCAGAGGGGGUUCUGGGUACAAUCAACUCCGUUGUCAUGGGAUUCUUGGGGAUGCAGGCUGGGAAAAUCAUCAUUUUCUACAAGGGAAUGAACACCCGCAUCCUCUGUCGAUUCCUAGUGUGGGCCGUCAUCCUGGGAAUCUCUGCGGCCAUCCUUUCUAAGUGCACACGAGACGGAGGAUUUAUACCUGUCAAUAAAAACCUUUGGUCGCUGUCCUAUGUGAUGUGCAUGGGAUGUUUCUCCUUCCUGCUGCUGGGAGGCAUGUACUUUGUCACUGAUAUGAAAGGCUGGUGGGGCGGACAGCCGUUCAUAUACCCAGGGAUGAACUCCAUCUUUGUAUAUGUUGGCCACUCUCUCCUGGGUUUCUACUUCCCGUUCAGCUGGGAGAUGCGCUUCCAGGAGAGCCACUGGGAGUGGCUCUUCCAAAGCCUGUGGGCAACUGCACUGUGGGUGCUCAUCGCUUACCUGCUGUACAGGAAGAAAUUCUUCCUCAAAAUAUAA